CCAAUUCAUCCAAUUACAUAGCUGUGGUGGCAUCUUCUCUGGUUGUGGGGUUUUUUCUUGGGGGGUGGUGGGGGCAGAUGUCACCAUUCUUUUAUCAGCACGAGAAAAUCCCACCUUUCUUUAUCACCAUUCUUCCCGCUCCUUAUUGAAUUUCGUCUGUUUCUUUAUCUGAGAGGGAAACUGUGUGUAUCUCUGUGUGUUUUCGUGUGUGAGUGUGUAUAGAGAGAGAAAAUCAAAGGGUCCAUAGAAAAGUCAGAUAGAUGUCUAAAAAAGAAGGGGAAAAUGAGAAAGUGAGUUUAGAGAGUGAAAAUGUAGAGGUAGAAGUAGAAGGUAGAAAGAGUGAGGUGAGUGUGAAAGGGGAAGAAGGGGGAGGAGGAGGAGGAGGAGGAGUUGUGGUGGUGAUGGAUACUCCAGAGAGGAACAAGAGCCAGAUCGCAACACCCAUUUCCAAAUUCGAGGAGUCCCCUUUUUCUAAUUUCCUUAACAAUCUUUCCCCCAUCAAACCAGUUAAGGCCGCACAUUUUCCCCAGACACUCAAUACCCUUAGUUUUGGAUCUAUACCGUCUGUGUUCACCUCACCCCAUGUCAGCUCUGCAAGGGAAUCCAGAUUUCUAAGAAGGCACCUGCUCUCGGAUCCAUCAAAACCAGAAUUUGCUUCUGAUAACAGUGCUAAAGUUGAUAAUGAUGAAGGUAUGUCAGAUGCUGUAAAUAGCUCAAAUGAGCCCAAGGAAAGUUUAGGUUCUCAGAAUUCUGUGGUUGAAGCAUCCAAUGAAUGCUCAAAGCUUGCCGUUGAGCGAACUCUAAAUUAUGAGUGCAAUGAUAGUCCCAGUACUUUACCUACUGGGAGCUUUAGAGGUAAGAGUUUGUCAGAGUUUGCAGGCAGUUCUGUGACAUAUGUCCCUUUGGUACAAGGUAUGUCUGGAAAAGGUUUGCUUAGAUGUGAAGUUAAUACGGAGGGGAAAAAUGAACUUGAUCCAAAUAAAGAAGCUCCAGGAUGUGAUUGGGAGAAUUUGAUUUGUGAUGCUACGGAUCUACUGAUCUUUGACUCACCUGGUGACCCUGAGGCUUUCACUAAAGCAGCAGGUCCUAAUUUGAGGCACUUCGGAUUUGCUUCAAAUGAAAUGCAGAACAUGCAAGCUUUUGGUCAGGCUAGUACCAGCGAAUGUGGUGUAGAUGGAAGUGAAACAGAGAAACCGUCUACUCAACCUGCGGACGAAACCCAAGUCAAUGAAUAUGCUGAGAACCAAAAAAUGAAACCUGAUUCUUCUCUAACAAAUGACGGCAUAGGUGUGGGUCAAAGUGAAAGAACUGAUACUGAGAUGGUCUCUACUCUAUACCGUGGAAUGAGAAGACGUUGUCUAGUUUUUGAGAUGGUGGGAUCUCGAAGAAAGCAUGUAGAUGAGGGUUCUGGCUCUUCUGCUGUGCAAGACACUGAUGGAAACCUUGCCUGCAAUGAGAAGCAACUAGUACCUUAUAAGGCGGUCAGUGAAUCUUCACGAUGCAUUUUACCUGGAAUUGGCUUGCAUUUAAAUGCCCUUGCAGCAUCUUCGAAAGAUGGUAAAGUUGUCAAGCAUGAAACUAAUGCUUCUGGGAAACAGCUUUUAAUUACGCCUGGCUCAGCUGUCAGUCUUCAUCCUUUAGUUGCUGGUCAAGAAUCAAUGAGUAAAUCACUGCCUGAAACCUCUAAAGAAAUUGUACCUUUUGAGAAUAGUGUACCUCUUAUGGAGGAUGCUAGCCUGGCACCUGGUUAUGUAAAUAAUGAAGAGCUUAGUCAGACUAGUCCAAAGAAAAAGAGACGUCGAUUGGAGCCUGGAGAAGGUGAAGCAUGCAAGCGCUGUAAUUGUAAGAAAUCAAAAUGCUUAAAACUUUACUGUGAAUGUUUUGCCGCUGGAGUCUACUGUGUGGAGCCAUGUGCAUGUCAAGACUGCUUCAACAAGCCUAUUCAUGAAGAUACUGUCCUUGCAACUCGCAAACAGAUUGAAUCAAGAAACCCUCUUGCUUUUGCUCCUAAAGUGAUAAGGAAUGCCGACACUAUUUCUGAAACAGGGGAUGAUUCCAGCAAGACUCCUGCCUCAGCUCGUCACAAGAGAGGAUGCAACUGCAAGAAAUCCGGCUGUCUGAAGAAAUAUUGUGAAUGCUAUCAGGGAGGGGUUGGAUGCUCCAUUAAUUGCAGAUGUGAAGGAUGCAAGAAUGCGUUCGGAAGAAAAGAUGGUUCUGUUUUCAUAGGCACAGAUGGGGAUGCUGAGGAAGAGGAAACAGAUGCGUAUGAAAAGAGUACUGUCGAUAGAGCUUCUCACAAAAACCUAUUACAUAGUGAUGUUGAGCUGAAUCCAGAUUCCACCGUCCCUGCUACACCUUUAGCGUUUAGAAGACCACCAAUGCAGCUCCCUUUCUCGUUGAAGAACAAACCACCUCGAUCAUCAUUUCUAUCUAUCGGAUCCUCAUCUGGUAUAUUUGCUGGCCAAGGUGUCGGAAGGCCAGACUUCUUUCAACCUCAGCCUCAGCCUCAGCCCAAGUUUGAGAAACCAUUUGAGUCAGUUAAAGAAGAUGAAAUGCCUGAGAUACUCCAACAAGGAGGGACUAGCUCUCCAAUCAGUGGCAUUAAGACAGCUUCUCCCAACAGGAAGAGAGUUUCUCCUCCUCAUUGUGACUUUGCGAAUUCGCCUAGUCGUCGAAGCAGCCGCAAGUUGAUACUGCAAUCCAUUCCUUCAUUUCCUUCCCUCACUCCCAAUCCUUGAGGAUCAUCAUCAUCCAAUCCAGUAGGUGAAUUUUGGAAGGAAAAUUUUUUAUUAUCUUUAUUGUUGUAGUUAUUAGUUUAGUUUAGUACACCUUCAUGGACCUUUUGAACCCCCUCCCCCUCCCCCCUUAUGCUUGUAUAAUAGCCUUGUUGUUUCUUAAUAACAUUGUUUUGUCCUUUAAUAAUGAAUUAAAAAUUGUUAAUGUA